GGUGCAACAACGAAAAGGCCACAGGGCUUUGUGUACCCCCUUACUCCAAGGAUGAGAGGCCCCGAGAGCCACCCUGUUCACGUUUUCGACCUUCCCCAGCUCUACACCAAACCCCCCGCAGAUGAUAUACUCCAGACUUUAGACCUGUUAACCAUACGUCCGCAUACAUUUUCUCAGCGUUCCAAUCAAAAGACUACAAAUCUCCAGGAUGGUGAUAUUUGCAGAUACCUCACUUCGAUAAUCGGUAGCCCCUUGGCUUGGAUUGAGUGUGAUACUCUAAAGGAAAAGAUAUGGGACACUGCAAGCUCCAGGCUCUGCCAACGGGCUGGUAGAAAUGCCAUGCCCUCCAUGUCUCGAGAAUUCACAAUCCCAAUGAACACUGAUUCCGAGUUUCAGGUCACAUUGCAUGAGCCAUCCCUGACAUCCGACAACCUGGGAAAUAAAACUUGGGUCUCGUCAUACAUGCUAUCCCAGAGGCUCCACAUUUUCUAUUCAUCCGGCUUGGUCCCUACCUCAAAAGAUCAGAAUCUCCCUCUACGGACCCUCGAGCUUGGAGCAGGUACUGGUCUUGUUGGUAUAUCUUUUGCUGCAGUAUGGAGUGCUGCAGCUACAGUUCAUCUUACUGAUUUGCCCGCGAUUGUGCCUAAUCUUACGCACAAUAUUUCUUUGAAUGGUGACCUCAUUUCCAAGGUCAAGUCAAGUAUCACCACUGGCGUGCUAGACUGGUCCCUCCAGUCUGGAGUCUCUUUACAAAGUACUGGAAAGUACGAUAUAAUUCUCGUUGCAGAUCCCCUAUAUUCUUCAGACCAUCCCAGGUGGCUCGCUCGGGCUAUAGAAGUGCAUAUCUCUUCCAACAGUUCGUCAAGGCUCGUUUUGGAACUACCGCUGCGAGAAGUAUACCUACCACAGGUACACGAGCUCAAGAAAAGACUGGACCAUAUCGGUUUAUAUAUUCUUGAAGAAGGGGAAGAGAUUGGCUACGACGACUGGGCAGCAAAAGACGGAUCACCAGUUGAGGUCCGCUGCUGGUGGUCAGUCUGGGCCUGGAAAUCACACCCAUAG